UUUUGCACGUGCAAAUAAAAGAGUAACAAGCUCCGAGAGCCCGCGACAUUGUGGGUGCAGUGCCCCCUUUGCUGAUGGAGCAGCGGGAGGCGGGUGUGUCCCUGGCUGCCCGGCUCAUUGCCGAGCGCACGCUGUCCUGUGACUUUGGCCACGGUCCACUGUCGCUCUGCGGUGCUGAGGACCAGUACUGCGUGCUCCUCCCUUUGCCGCCUGGCUGGCUGCCCCCAGGAGAUGGCUGUGAGCAUAGGAAAGCAUGGGGAGGAGACACACAGCUGUCCUCCUCUCCUGCUGCUCGCUCUGGAGCGUACGUCACGACAGCAAGACGCCGCAACACUGGGCACGUCAGAAAUUCCACCGCCCACAAAAGGCUGGGGAGAGGAAGUGCUCCAUAAACAGGUGCAACGUGAAUGCAUCGGCAAAGAUCCUCCUCUUGCGUCACCAAAGGCUGUUGAAAGCAGAGUGGAACCACGUGGCUGGCUUCGGGAGCCCCUCUCUCUUCAGACCCCUGGAGAGCACAUGCUCCUGUGUGAACUGCCUUUUUGCGGGUGAUUCUGUGGGCAGUGCACACGCCCACCAGCCUGACUGUUGACCGACGCAUAGCCAGGAACGCAUAGUCUCCCCAGAGCCCAGCCCAGGGCUCUCCCUGGGACACGGCUGCCGGAGGAUGGCUCCCGGGUGGGCCACCUGGUGCCUGCUGUUGCCUCCCAGCCUACCCUCGUAGAUGGUUGAGGCCACGUAACAGGCAGCAUGACCUCAUCACACGGUGUCUUUCCCAUCAGCAAGCGUGUGGGUCCAGUGCUGAACGGACGGAGACGAGGUGAGACCAGGACUUGAGUGAAGUCGGCCCCAGCCCACAGGCCCACCGAGUGAGCUCAUUCUCAGCUCAGGCCAGACCCUCCCUGCUGCGUGGGCAGCGAUCUUGCCAGAUCACCCCGAGUUUAUUCAGAGUGACGUGGAUAAAGUCGAUGAGUCGAUGCGCAGUGAGCGAGAGGAAGAAGGAAGAUGGCAGAUCCCGGCUGCCGUCGCUGUGGCGCCGCAGGAGCGGGGUCUCCCUGCUUGUGUAUCUGGAGGGGGCACCGAGGGGCGUGGGCCCUUGCACGCAAGCACAGCGCUCUUGUCUACGUUUCCGCCUCUGUUAGAGCAGCGUUUCAGACGGAGCGUUUGGACGGUGUCAGGAGCUUCCAGCCAUAGACGUGCACCACUACGAAGUGUCGCCAGGGGUCCUGCAGCACCUGACAGCCACCCUGAGGGCGCUCUCCCGCACAGGUCUCACGUGGCAGGAUGGCUACACCCAGCACGUGAUGGCGCGGGAGCUCGCCAGCCUUCCCCAGACCUCCCCGCGACGCCCAGAGGCCUCCGGCACAGCCAGGAGCUCAAAGCAGAGUGUCCAGGACAAGCGGAGCCUCAGCCUCGAGGGCGACGUGCUGGCCGAGGCCCUUCAGCGCUACCUGCCCUACCUGGAGGCCCUGUCCCAGGCCGCCAUCCCUGAUGUGUUCCCCGGGCUGAAGCCGGACAGGCCGCCGGCCCAGGGUGAGGACCCCCCGGCCGACAGCGUGCUGACCUUCGUGGCCCGGACGUCCGCCCUGACCUAUGCCCCCGCGUCCCGGGCCGAUUUCCCCGGGGACCGCCCGCUGCGCACGCUCCGCAGGCUCCAGCCCGACGAGCUCAGCCCCAAGGUGGCCGGCGGUGCGGACAGGCAGAGUCUGGUCGCCGCACUGGGUGCCUACGCGGCACGGAAGCCCCCCGCGCCCCCCAGGGACGGCGACCCCGCAACCCGCAAGCUCGUGCGCGCACCCUGGCAAGAGCCCAGGGUCCUUUCGGCACCGGCGGCCCCCCAGAAAUGGCCCUCGCCUCCGGACCCCAGGGACGCCCUGGGCACGGACGACGGGGCACGUGUUCAAGCUCUGCUGAAGGACCUGCGGGAGCGCCCGGGCAGCGUGGAGGGUCUGAGCGCCCUCGAUGUGGCCGAGGCAGCCCGUGCGAUAGCGAGCGCGAUGCCAGGCGGGCGCGCGGAAGGGGAGCAGGACGGCGCCGGGAGAGGCGGCGGAGGGCCGAGAGGCCAGGCGGGCCGCUCGGGGGCCGCGCGCCACAGAGACGGCGUGCCAGAUAACAGAGUGCGAGACAGUGGUGCAGGAUUUUACCAGGAGGUCAGCAGUUUGGGCGUCAAACUCGGGGACCUCCUGCAGGGUCCUGGGUCUCCAUUCCUGCCUGGAGCCCCCCAUCUUGCCGGGUCUUUCAAGACGGAGAUCAAGAAAUCGGAGGACCCUGAGGCCUCCCCGUCUUCAGAGGAGGAUCGCGUUGGGGUGGAGAACAUAAAGAGUCAGACCUACUCCAAGGAGCUGCUGCAAAGGCCGCCGCACCCAGAGCCGGGGCCGGGCGGGCUUGGGGCAUCGCAGCUCCGGGCUCCGGCGGCCCCGCAGGAGGACCAGCACCCCGGCGCCGGGGCCCGGGGACCCCCUGGCCAAGGCCUGCGGCUGGAAGUCCAACCUCCCCAGGAGGAGUACGGCUACAUUGUGACGGAAAACGACCCGCUGAGCCCAGAGAAGGGGACGGAGGUGCUGGAGGACGUGGCGCGUCUCCUGGACAUGCCGGCGGGCAUCUUCUCGGACAUCGCGGUCUCGGGACCAACGGUGACCUUCAGGGUGCGCGCCAACCUCCAGAACGUGACAGCGGCGGACGCUGCGAAGGCGGCAGGUGAGGCUGCUUCCGCGCAAGCGCACGCACCCGCCCGGGCAGGGGAAGGGGGCCAGCUGCUCCGAGGACAGCCGUCUCCCCAGAGCCCCGAUACUCAUCGGGUGGGGCCCGGAGGGGAGUGGCUGGCCUCCCGGGGGUGGGGGGUGGUGACCGCACUGCUCGCUCGGAUAGAAGGCGGUGUAGGGGCGGGGCUCCGGCCUCUGCGAAGAGCCCGUGUGGACAAAACAAUGCCCUGGUGCUUUGAGGUUUUCCGUCCCGUCCCAGCCCAGCAGCUCGCACGGGCGUCACCGUGCCCGCCCGGCCCACGAGAGCACGGGACGAAGGUCUGAGUAGGCCAGUGCCUGACCUCGGCGUCCCUCUUGGAGCCCAGCCUGUCACGCGCUCACGCAUUUCGAGAUCUUCUGGGGGGGUCCCAGCGUGUGGUUGGUGUUUGUCACUGAAUGAAAAACGCAAAGCGCAGAACGUGGGGUGUGUACGAAGGCUGCUUUCCCCUGCAGCCCACGUUUGUUUUCAGCUACUGAAAACUUGUGUAAAAUGUACAGUCUUUCCGCCCAGUAAGAAAAAUAUAGGAAACCUGACAGAACCUGAGCCUCACGUUUCCCGGUAACUCAGUGGGAAGGACUCUCGUGCUUUAUGGUCGUUUGUAAGCGCAGUGGCUGAAUGCACUGACCCAGACGCAGCAGAAAAUGACUCUUUGUUUCAGCCAAUCCUGUAUGUGGCUAAAUACAUGAACUAUUUUUAAUGAAACCUACAUUUUCACCCCAGUGUACAGCGCAGCACGGUAUUUGGGCUGACUUAGAGAUCUGGGCAUUUAGUUCUCGUCCAUUGAGGUGUCACCUUAUGGCCUCUAUUAAAGUUUCUUUAUCCAGUGACGGUCAACAGGGCAUAAAAAUAGCUGUAACACCCUAUUUGGUGGAACAAACUGUAGCUCUUCUCUAUUUUGGUUGCUGUUGGCUUUUCCUUGUAGGAUAUUUUGAUGCCCUUAGGAACUCUGAUUUGCUGAAAGGAAUGAUUUGGGGAACAGAAUUUUUGGUUAAAGAAGAAUUCCUUGCGGAGUUGUGCUACUUCCCAGAAAGCCUGUGGAGAGCUGACGCGCACGCCCCCAGCCCACAUGCCUCCCAGGCUUCAUUUCACUGUAACGGGGUGAGCUCGGGGUCCAGCUGAGCAGAGCGGCCUAGUGGGUCCCGGAGAAAGGAAGUCAGCAGAUUCCAUUCCAAACACUCCGCUGGAUGAAAAGGAGCGGAAUUCCGCGUCAGUGGCUUCACCCUGCGUGACCACGGGCGCUCUUUCCCUGCUCAGCACCCAUUUUAUGGUCCUCGUUCCUCAGCAUAAGAGAUUAUUGAAUAUAUUUAAGACCAAAUCAGUUAUCACUUUUUACCCAGAAAUGCAUUAACAAUUGUUCCAUAAUUGGCAAUUCAUUCCAGUGCUGGGAAGUAAUACUUUCAAAAUUGGAUUUGCUGGAACUUAAGGGUGCUCCGAAUGGAAUAAAAUGGAAUGAAGCCUUUUUAUCUUUUAGAGUCGUGACAAUAUAUUCAUGACAAUGGCAUUUCAUUUAUUUUAUUGCUUUCUGUGGGAAAUGAGGUUGAUUAUUCGAAGUCUGGUUCCUUGGUCAUUUUAAAUGUGUUCACGUCAGGUACCGAGGGGGAAAUUGUACAUGCAGUUUGAGUGUCGUAUCACCAACCCUCUAAAUACUCAAAUUUCUGAAUUACAUUUUCGUGAACCAGCAUAGCUGUGCCAGCCAGGGUGUUUCUUGCUUGUGCAAAAUGGAUGACACACGUGCAUAAUUUUAAAACUUCGUUUCUUUGGUAUUUUAAAUAAUUUCAUGAUGUUAUGGAUGCACCUGAUGCUAUACAGGGAAAGGAUUACGGAGAAGAGUCUGUGACCAUAGGAUCUGAGCGUUUGGCGGCAGAAUACCAAACUGUAGUGGCACCUCGACCCCGGCCACCUUGAGGGCGUGUUUGCUGCCACCGGGAGAAGCAGCCUCCUCCAAUGCGGGGUCCACCUAGGGGUGGACGUGACCCCGUGUUAUCAGGAAGAGUUUGAACUUAGAAGGACGUUUUGUGGCUCCAGUUUUAGAACAUGAUGUGGAAUCUUACUAGUGUUGUUGUGGCAAUGUGGGCGGGGCCGGCAGGAUGGGCCGCGUACAGACCGCCCAGCCUUCCGCCCGCGUGUCGGUGCCCCUGCAGAUCCCAGGACCGUUUGCCUUUGGUUCUCGCCGUGGGGCUUCCUGGCACUGCGCUGUACGCCCCUCUUGUUACCAACAAAGGGAGACGUGACCCUGUGAUGGAGUUCAAAGGGCAUUUCCUUUGCCUAUUCUGCACAGGGUGGUACAGAACUUAAUGAAGAGUCAUGUAGCCGAUGACACGUCUGUCCCCGUCAGACAUGGUCCGUGUUUGUCCUGAAAGGUGGAUGCAGUGGGUUUCCUUAUACGGGUGGUUCUUUCCUGGGCAUUAAUUAGUGAACUUGGGCGUGGACGUCAGGUGUGAGUGAACAGUGGUUCCCUGGAGACACUUCCUGCGUUCAGAGCACACAGAGAAAACUGGUGGUUAUGUUCAGUCUUCGUGGCCACGUCAUCUAGUCAAAUUGAGCAGGACAGAAAAAUCCUUUUCUCACUCUUCAUUUUCUCGGUAGCUUAUCCUUAAGUAGCGUAUUUGUAACCCGUGUGUGCGUCUCCCUUCAGGGAGGAUGUGCUUGAUCACCUUUAGAGGAAGCACACACUCUGCUCCCUGCGCCCCGCGGAGACGCCUGCCCCGUGGUCCUUGGGGCCGUGGCCUCUUGCGUGCGCUGCGCAUCCCUCCUGCCCUGAGAUCGGCCAUGUCUUCUACCCUCCCGGGGGCCUUUUCAGCCUCAGCUCCUCUUUGCUGGGGUGUUUGACUCAUGACUGUCCGGCAGGUGAUGGGCCGGGCUCAGAGGCUUGUCUCCCUUGUAUCUUAGCAGCUACCAGCUGCGUCCUGUCUAAUCCAAGCUCUGGCCUCAGCACUCGGCUUCCAUUCUCCCUCUGGGCUCAUUUCAAGUAACACACGUGAUUUUAAAUCCUAGCAUCUCCCGUUUGGAGAACGAUGCCUUUAAACACUGUUGGGUGUGGGCCCAGGGCUGGGAACCAGGACAGCUGGACGCCAAGAGCCACCCCGGACCGUGAGCUCUGCCCAGCCUCCAGGUGAAGGGGGCAGGCAUGUCCUUCUGCAAAGUGUGAUGCCGUCGCUCCUGGGAGAUCGGAGUGACCCCUGCUGUGAUGCCCACGCAAUGCAGCUGUCUGGACGGCCGACCAGGCUUCUCCCUGACGGGAGCACCACGUGAGGCCCAGGCCACAGGGACAUCUGCAGAGCCCGGCCUUCGGAGGAGGGGAUGCCUCACCUGGGUGCUUGUCGGGGGGCUCUGAGGACCAGCGUGGGUGCCAGGUGGGCUGGAGGAGAGAAGGGGGCCGUGCAAGGGGCAGCCACGGGUCCGGGCGGGGCCGGCAGCUUGACUGUCACCCGACUCAACUCAUGGCAGAGCCUUUGGGUCCAUGAGAAGGGCUCAGCGAGUUCAUGGCGGCUUGUGGGGUCAGCGCUGCCUUCCUGACACCCAAGGGGCUUGGCCAGUGGCCCAGGUGCCCGCACCUGCACAAGAAUCCCGGAACAAGGAGGCUGCUGGCCCAGGGGAGGAGGGGCUCCUUGCGGCAGCGCCAGCUGCACACACAGGUUCCCCUGACGGCCCGGCCUGCUUGCCGUGGUCACACCCUCCGUUCUUGCCUGGGAUGCAGUGCCUGCACCUGUGAGUGUGGGCAGGCAGCUGUGCGUGUAGGUGCCCGGAACCGGUUUUGCACGCAGUGUGCUUUCAUUGUGAUUGAGAGCCCGGAAUAAAUGUUGGAGGGGCUGGUGAGCCCUGGAGCUAGAAAGAAGGCUGUGCUUUUUCAACGAGACUGAGGAGGAUGCUUUGGAAGUGCUCGUGCAGCCCAGCUGCUGAGAAACCGUGCUCUCUGCAGGUGAGCGGGACGCCUGUUAAAAGCUGGUAAAAGCCAAAGCCUACAGGGACUCUCAUCUUCUCCAAGACGUGACGUGAGAGAAUGGGAGGAUUUUUAGGUAAAAGCGACGUCGGGGUUCCUCCUGAUCCGUGCCUUGUGGCACAGAUGAGAAACGCAGGCCAGAGUGGCGGUGGGCUCGUGGUGGGACGCGGGGAGCCUGCGGGGUCUGCUGACCGGCCCGUGGCAGCGGCGGGGAGCGGCCUGGUCUCAGCUCGCCAGGCAGUUCUGGUGCGGUCGCCUCACAGCCUCGGGCAGGUUCCAGGUCGAGGGCCCGUGAAGCCUGGCUGAACCUCGGGGGUCACCAGCGACGGGCAGGGGGCCCUGCAGGGUCAGCUCACCUGCUGCUCCCAUUUCAGCAGGCGGGUUGGCAGACACGGCGCCCGAGGACUGAGGCGGGAAGAUGGGCAGCAGAGGAAACCGGCCGGGGGUCUGGGGACUCGGCAAGGGUCUCGGACUCCAACAGGGUGAUUCCGGAAAAGAAUCUGAAUAAUUUUCCAGCUCUGUCUGUCGUAUAUCCUGUGUUGUUACCUGGAAGGGACGAGCUUGCUUUAUUUCGCUGAAUGGAUAGACUGUGUGUUUCCAAAGUGAAGUGGGCGACAGAGGCCUGUCCUCCUGCUGGCCGUCGGAUGCACCCUCCAUGUCUGCCGUCCAGGAACGAGGCUCAUCUGGGCCAGGGGUCACCAUGGCCGAGUGAACGUUCCCCCUCCGCAGAGGGAAUGUGGCCUGGAGCCCCUGCUUUAGCGGGUGCUUGUGCUUUUCCUGAGGAUGAGAAAGGAGUCUAAAGACAGAGCCGCGGUCCUCACGCCUGUUCGGGAGGAAGCAGGGGUGGUGACGGCUUCAUCCUGGAUGGAUUCGCGACCAGCUGCAGAACACGCGGCGGGUGGAAAGGUGCCGCUCUUGCUACUGGAAACAAUGAAUCUAUUAACAGUGAAAACAUGCUGUCACUCGGGGGAUAGUUCAGUUUUUGGAGAACGCAGCUCAAGAAGUUCCUGUGAUAACUGUCGGGGCUGCUCCCUCUUCAUACUUAUGUGAAGACAGAAUCUGCUUCUGUUCGGAUAGACUUGGAGACCCGUCUGCAGACGAAUCUCCUGUCUCAUCCUCGGUCCCAGAAAGGCAUUUUCUGGCUUCUUUUGGGCACCCCCUCCCACUGCUACAGCCCGCAGCAGAGUGGACGGGAGGCUGAGACCAGGCGUUUUCCACGCACAGGCCUCCCUUUCCUCCUGGGAUCUGCUGGCUGCCCCAGAGUUGGAUACAGCCCAGAGCCGAGGGCCGUUCGUGGGCAGCUGUCAGUGUCAGAACCAAAUGCCGACAUGAUGCGAUCCUGCAAAGGCAGAGGAGUCGGGACGGGAGUGGAGCCCAGAGCUUGGGGGUCCUGGGGGGCCAGACCCACGCAGGUUCUGGAAGCUGUGAGCAUUGCCCGGGGCUGGGUGUGCGAGGGUGGAAAUGUGGACCCAGGCUGGCCUGCUUACUCCCUGGCCAAACACGAGUGCAGAACCGGGGAGUGGGAAGGGGCCGGCUUAGCUUCGAGGUGUCCACGCCGAGGACUUCUACGUUCUGUUGUCUCUGGGGUCGAGGCGUCUCAUGGAGCUGCUUUUAGUCGAGGCCAGUUUCCCACUUACCAGUCAUUGGUUGGUACCAACGCAGGGCGGCCAAGUGCCAGGCCCUGUGCCGGCAGUGGGGAUGCUGGGGUGACGGAACAGAGACUGGGCUCUGGUGAAGGUGCGGCCCAGCGAGGGAGAUGGAGGAGGAGGACGUAAACAUGCAGCGCGAUGUAAUAUGGCGCGGCACGGCGUAAUGACGCGCUCUAUAGCGUCGUCCAGUAAGAUGCCAGGUAAGGCAGUGUCGCAUCGCGUGUACUGUCACAUGAUAUAAUUUUGUCAUUACGUAGUUAUUUGAUAUCACCUGACGUUGUAUAGUACACGAUAUAGCAUGACGUGGUGCAUGGUGUGUUAUAGCGUAGCGUUGUAUGUAGCAGUACGAUGUAACAUACUGUAAGACAGUACACCGUACGAUAGUGUACCGUACAUCACAUCACCUCAGGGAACGUGGAGUGGUCUGAAGAGAAACCAGGCAGGGCAUGGGCACUGGACGGGUCGGGACGGGAGCUGGUUUAAAUGGUGGCCAGACAAGGCCCCGAGCGGCCGUAGAGACAGAAGCUGAGGCCGCCGGCAGCCAGGCCUCUGCGUACGAGCAGUGGGAUGUCUGCAUCUCUGGGUCGGGGCCCUGGAUCUGGGAGUUGGUGACACGAUGCCCAGCACAUCCUUGGAGUCUGCUUGUGGUUGUCAAGGUGGGUUUUGUAGUCUCACACUUAUAAGCCCUGUUUCCUUCCUUCCUUCUCCUUCCCUCUUCCCGCUCUGUGCUGGUGCCAGGAGUCACAGAGAACCAUACAGAACAGGUCUUGUCCUCUCCAAGCCUGGAGUCUGCUGGAAAGAGAGACAUUGUGGCCCAGACAGCCUGGGGAGGCAGGGAGGGCUUCCUGGAGGAGGCAUCUUGCGGGAGCACUGGGGUUCACGAGGGGGCGCGAUGGGCUCAGACCUGCAGUUUUAAUUGUGAUACAUGACACUUCUGAAAGCUCCUGGCUUCACCUCGAGGGAUGUAUGGGGAGAUGAGGUGCGCUAGAGGUGUUUGUGUGGUCCAGAGGGACACGCGUCACGGAUGGGGACACGGCGACGUCGUGGGUGAGGUCACAGGGGCCCUGGGGACACGUCUGCUGGACCUGGUGUAUGAUGACGGUGCUGGGUGUGCGAGAAGCUUCCAAGCUGAGGGCACCAGAUUUUCUGGCUGGGUCACCUGGGCAGAGGGGCGUUUGCCGGGCGGUGGCGGGGCGGGCAGGAAGCACUCAGGACAGGACGACGUGUUAUGGGGACGCGGUAAGUGCGGUUUGGCCCAUGUGCGUCUGGGGCCCCGAGUCUCCAAGAGGGACCCGUGCAGGUGCAGCUGGAGAGAAGUGGCCCCAGCGGCCCCGAGCUGACCCGAGCCGGGCAGGUGCCACCUGAGCAGCUGCUGUCUGUGGAGGGCAGACUUCUCUGUCACACGGGCCCCGCCCAGCCCUGUGACCUGUGGCCCAGCGCUCUGGGGCUAAGUCCCAGUUGGCUCGUGUGAGAAUGACGCAGGAACCCUGAUCCACAGGACCGUCGAGGGCUGGGUGAGGGCGUGCUGAGGAGCGGGCCUGGCACGCGGGCCCCCGCUGGGCAGGGUCCUGUGAGCUGCCCCUGGGAUGUGGUUGCCAGACUCCUUCCCUACACGUGGGCCUCCCCCUCCACUGCUGCAGCCCUCGGCCCUGGGGGCUCAGUGCUGAUCUCAGUGGUCAGGGCGUAGCCGGCCGCCCUUGGAGGAGGUGACCCGCCACGUGCAGGGCUCAGGUGGACGCUGUGUCCAGUUCCGGGGCUCCGGGCCCCCGGCGACACGCAGAGGACACAUGCUGCUGUCCCUUUGCCCUUCUGCUUAGUGAGUGUCCAAAACCCCAGUCCUUCCAAGUCACGCAACUGUUCCCACAGUUGAUCGUUGUGACGCUUUGUCGGCACGUGAACGCUGUUCCUCCUCUUCUCAGCACAAACCUGAGUGUCUUUGUGCCUAAGUGGGAGGUGGCUGGUUUUAAAAAUAGGGCUGUGGCCGCAGCGCAAGACAGGCACCCGCGGGAGGAGACGCGGUGACAGCACGGACGGGCCACCAGCAGCGUGCGGGGAGGGACAGUGUGGCCCGUGGCCGGGGCCUCCUUCAGCAGUUUCCGGCGGGCCCCCUGCCCCCGGCCGCACAGCUGGGCGAGCGCAGUGUGUCCCAGCCGCCUCCCGGGGCUCUCUGGCUGCACCAGUCCCCAUGGCAACGGCGGAGGGCGCGCAACAGCGGAGCAGCCAUGAACGUGUUUCCCUGUUUCUGCAGGCUGGCUGCUCCAGGUGGGGUCUGAGUGGAGGCUCCCAGCCCAGGCCCUCCCUGGCCCCCACGAUGCUGGGUCGGUAAUCCUGGAGCCCUGCGCAGACCUGGGGGCCUCCUUCCUCCUGGGUGGCCGUCGGACCAGCUCUACGACCAAGCUCAGGUCUUUGACACUUGAGGUGUCCUGAUGCUAUAAUUUCAGAGGCCCUGUGACGCCUAACUGUUUAACAAAUUCUUCCCACGAGCCCUUCGGUGUCUGAGCGCCUCACCAUUUCUCCUAGACGCACCUGCAGCGUGGAGUCCCUCCGCACACCUGGCAGCCGCGGGCGGUCACCUGCCUGGCCCAGGGCAGGUCCCGCAGAUGCUGGGAUCAGGAGAGGCACCUCUCGCCGCAGGACAGAGGGUCAGGAGCUGAGAGCCCCCUGCAGGGGGGGCAGGGGCUGGGCCUGGCCUCGUCUGUUGGCACUUGGGCGGGAAGCCCUUGGAAGCGGGUGGGGACGUUUGUCGCAGGCAGGUCUCGCUGUUAGCAGGCUGCUGAGGUCAGUGCUGCCUUCCUGGGCUUAUUUCCCACCCACUUGCCCAUUUUCCUCCUGCACAGUGACACUGAGGCUCCGAUGGCCCAUUCUUGAAAGUGAGCCCCUAAUUACAGGGCGUGCUGGUACCCCGGGUCCAUCUAGUUACAGGGCACACCGGUACCCCGGGUCCAUCUAGUCACAGGGCACACCGGUGUCUGAAGUGCGUGUAGUUUACAGGGCAUGCCGGUACCUGAGGUCCAUCUAAUUUACAAGUGACAUUGGUACCCCAAGUCCAUCUAAUUCACAGGGGAUGUUGGUACCCCAAGUCCAUCUAAUUCACAGGGGAUGUUGGUAUCCCAAGUCCAUCUAAUUCACAGGGGAUGUUGGUACCCCAAGUCUAUCUAAGUCACAGGGGAUGUUGGUACCCCAAGUCUAUCUAAGUCACAGGGGAUGUUGGUACCCCAAGCCCAUCUAAUUCACAGGGGAUGUUGGUAUCCCAAGUCCAUCUAAUUCACAGGGGAUGUUGGU